CCUCUUUUUUACCCUAUUCUUUUCAAGCAAAAAAACUCAACCAUGACAGAAACAGAUUCAGAUACAAAUACAAAUACUCUCUUUUUAUAUUACCCUAUUCCUAUUCUUCUAAAUUCUGUUAUUAACUUGUUCAAGAAAAAUAUUCAAUCUCUUCUCAAUCUAACCACCGUCACUACUGCACAAUCUCACUCAGUUUCAGUUUCAGUUUCUCGUCCUGGAUUGGCUCUGGUUACUACUAUCAUCACCGAUAAGAUUCCGGUUCCGAAUGUUCUUGAAUCAACCACGAUGUUAAAUUUGAAGCUAAACAAUAAUGAGAAUUCUCGAAAUCCGUCGCGGAUUGAAUUUGUUUCCGGUGAUGUUGAUGGAUUGAUGUCUUGCACUGAAAGUCUUGGAUUCGAGAGUUGUGAUGAGAGGAGAGAUUACGAUAGAAUGGAUAUGAAUACGAGGAUGAAUAGUGAUGAGAAUGAUGAGAUUUGGAGGAGGAAGAUUACGAUGAAAAGAGGUGAAAGUAGAGGAAAUUCGAUGAGGUCGUUUCCGCCGCCGAUUCCGUCGUUGAAUCGGAAUGGUAAACCUAGUUUUUAUCUGAGGCCGGUGAGGAAAGACGGGAGGUUGGAGUUAACGGAAGUUAGAAUACACCGACCGGAUAUUCUUCAUGCUUCGCGGCAUGAUGGACGGUUGACAUUGCAUCUGAUACCAGAUCGAGACAGUGAUGAAGAAGAAGAAAGUGAAGAAGAAGAAGAUAGUGAAGAAGUUGAAGAGGUGGAGGAAGAAGAAGUUGAAAAGGAGGAGGAAGAAGAAGAAGAAGAUAUGGGAACUCCUAUGGUAGUGGGAAAUAGUAAUGAAGGAAUAAGGAGGUGUCAUGAAAUGGUGAAUCAACAACAUCUUCUUGUUCAUGGGAACCAAAUUCGAAUGUGUGUGUGAUAUUUUAGGGAGGACUUAUGUUUUUAAUUUUCUACUAUUUAUUUAUUAAGAAUGAUCAAAUUUUUGAAGCAUUGUUAUGUUAAGAGAGAAAAUAAAAAUUGAACAUA